ACCGUCCCGCACACACACACUGACUCAAACACCGCUGAGGCGCGUCAAAGCGUUUGGGUUCUUCUCCUGAAAUCCCAUUUGUGGAGUAUAACGGCCAAUCUGUCGUCCUUCACAUAUUCGAUCAAUGGCUUUCAUCAUGAUGAAAAAGAAGAGGUUCAAGUUUAAAGUUGAUGUGGAGCUGGAGGAGCUGUCAUCUGUCCCUUUCGUGAAUGGAGUUCUGUUCUGCAAGGUUCGACUGACAGACGGAGGCUUUUCAGAUGAGUCUUCGAGAGAGCCAGUUCUGGUGAAUUGUGUUAAAUGGAAGAAAAGAUUCGCCUUCUUAUGUAAGAUGAGUGCUAAUGCAGGGACAGGGGUGUUGGAUCCAUGUGUUUUUCGGAUAUCUGUAAGAAAGGAGCUCAAAGGUGGGAAGACAUUUGCAAAGCUUGGGUUUGCUGAUUUAAACUUGGCUGAGUUUGCCGGUUCAGGAAGCACCACACGGCGCUGCCUAUUGGAGGGAUACAACACCAAAAACACACGUCAGGACAACUCUAUACUGAAGGUGAUCAUCAGUAUGCAGCUAAUGUCAGGUGAUCCUUGCUUUAAAAAGCCUCCAUCCACUGCAAUGACCAUUGGUUUUCCAGGAGAAAUAGAGACAUGUCUACAUGAGGACAGAAGAGGAGAGACACAGAGUGCAGCUAAAAUCUGUACAGAAAACCUAGGAAAAGGUUGCUUCAGUCAUGGUUCUGUUCCAGAUGAACUGGGAAAGUGUGGUCACUCAAGAACAGCCAGUUACGCCAGCCAACAGUCCAAGUUUUCCGGCUACAGCACGGGUCAUUCGCGCUCCUCCAGCCUGACGGAGCUCUCUCAUAGGAGGAACUUGUCUGUGGGCAGUGUCUCCACUGGGAUUGGCAGCCUACCAGAGCCCAGUGAGGACAGAGAGUCCCGCACACAGACCUGCACACCUUUACCCCAGCACUUAGCCACACCGUCCCACAGUGGGAUCACAGCCAACAGGCACCCUGUAAAACAGGACUCGGUUGAGUCUCAGCUAAAGCGAGUGGAUGCUACCAGAGUGGAUGCUGAUGAUAUCAUCGAGACAAUCCUACAGGGCCAAGACUUCAGCCGCAGCAUACUGGACUCCAGUAAUGAAGAGGAGGGUCUGCGACUGUUUGUUGGGCCAGGAGGCAGCACUGCACUGGGCUCUCAACACACCAGGGUUGGUGCAGGAGCUUUUGAACAGGUGGUUAUAAAACGCUAGACUGAACGUCCGUGGGGGAAGGUGAUGUAAUAUCCUGUGUCAAACGAGAGGACAGCAGUUGUCUUCGAUCACAAGUAGCAGUUCUAUUCUGGGCUCCUGACACAUGGGCUCUAGGAAUUUGUGGAAUCACUGCUCCCCCUAGUGGUAAAGCUCUGAAGACAGACAGAAGCUUUGCUUAAGCUCAAAGUAACAGGAAAUACUUGGAUUGGUAUUCUUUUACCAAAAAUAGAUAGUUAUAGUUCUCACAGACACUUUAAAAAAACACUUGGAACCACUGGUGGAACUGAAAAGACAUGUUACAGAUUCAGGACUAUUUUUAAUGUAAAGAUCAACUUUUUUUAAAUCCACUGACACAGACUGAUGCACUUUGGAUUGUCUGAUAUUUCCUGGGUUGGAUGCUGCUAAUUUAAAAAAAAAAAUAAUAAUAAUAAUCAAGUAUACUAAUUUACUCAUGAUUUCAAGUGGUCAACUUGAAAUCAUAUUUCUGUCUUUUUGUGAGACCAUCCAUAAUGGUCAAAUUAAAAUGUUACAGAUGUUUUGAUUUAAAAGAAAACUGUAUAAAUGUACAGUAAACAGAUGACAGCUAAGAUGGUCUGUACUGUAGGUGGCUGUUGGUUCAACACCCAGUCAAAGUGACCCACAAAUGAGUCCGUUUCUAAGAUCCCAGUUUAGUGCUGUCAGCAUUUUGUCAUCAUAAACAAGACUCAACCACAAGUUGCACAGGGAUGGACGCUGCAAAUAGUGGACUGUUUGUUAAAAUGGCAUAAUCCAAAUUCAUUUUACAGGCAUUCCUUUUCAGCUAAGGAGAGACGUUGAAGACCUAUUUAGGAUCUAUUUAAUGCUGUUGUGUUUUUUGAAAGGGGUUUGUAAAUGUGGGAUAUUUUAUAGUUUAUUACUGCAAAAAUGUGUUUGAAAGAACAUGCCAAUUUUAAAGGCUAAUAAAAAAGGGCUGUUUAUCAUUUCAUAUUGUAGAUUACAAAACUGUAAUAUUUUUAAGAAUGUAUAUAACAUGAAUUGAAUUUAUGUGUUCAGGCUUUCUGAUAGCGACAACUGUCAAACUAUAGAAAAACCUGAAGUCAAAGAAAUAAAGAAAAUAAAGAUUUAUGAUAUAUCUGAUGUUUCAAAUCAUAAAGGUCAUGAAGUAUAUACAUAAAUACUUUUAGACAAAAUUCAACAUGCAAUAUAUGUGCUUCACUCUAAUAUGUUGCAUUUUAAGAAUACAUUUUGUUUAAAAAAAUAAAAUAAAACUGUUAUAUAAUUUAA